AUGGAAGAGGGCCAGGAACAGGAACACCAAAGAGGGCUAGAGGUCAAAUGCGACGAAAGACCCGGAGGCUGCGACAACUGCCGUAGAUUGAAAUUGACUUGCAUCGUAUCAGCAUCUAGUCCACAGGUGCAACAUGGAGAAAGUCGUACAGCAAAGGUAAAACGUACCUAUCGCUCCUGCACUGCGUGUCGGACUGCCAAAGCAAAAUGCUGCGGAUCAAAACCAGAGUGUCAUCGCUGCCAACAGAAGCAGACGAAUUGCGUCUACGAGGAUAAAACUCAACCCCGGUGGACUAAUAUCCUGACGAGGAGGGCAGACUCGCGACAAGGCGAACCAAGCUGGAGUCCAGUGCAGACCCGCGAGGCCAGCAGGGUCUCCUCGCCAGAGCUGUCAAGAACGCAGAGGGCGUUAACACUGCAAAGGGUCGAGAACUCCUCACCGCUGGAUUGGCUGGAGACAGCUAGUCUUCCUGAAGAUCCAGUCAAAAUCGGACUCUUGGUACAAGAAUACUUCAGCAAUAUUAGUCCGAUUCGUUGCUUUGCUUUCGUUCAUCAGCCGUCAUUUUUACAGAGGCUAGAUACUGGGCUUGCUAGCGAGUCUCAAAGACAUGCUCUGCUGCAUAUCAUUUGUGCCUUGGGUGCUCAAUUCUAUGCUCUCGAGUAUAGUAAAACAAUUGAGGAAAUCCCCCCUCGAUCAGUGCUUAACAUGGGGAGUGCAUGGGCCAAGACAGCGCAACGACUGGUCUUGGAAGAAUUGGGCUGUGUGACUAUCGACAAUUUAAUGGCAACUAUUCUUCUGCAUGACUAUGCCCUCCGCAUGGGCCACUUUGCUAACGCUUUCAUGUUGAGCUCUUUGACAACUCGCAUGACACAGGCGCUACAGAUAAACCUGGAAUACAACACAGAUAUCCUCUGCAAAGAAAGUACCGGUCUCUCGGUCACUGAAAAGGAGUCCCGUCGUCGACUAAUGUGGAGCUGUUAUGCUCUCGAUGCUCUGGUGGGCAGCGGAGUUGAUCAACUCACCUUGAUGGACGAGAAACAUAUCAAAGUCCAACUACCUUGCCAUGAUCACAACUUUUUGCAACAAAUACCUUCCAUUACCGAGCUCCUCGAGCCUGGGCAGGUAUUGCGUUUCGCUCCCGUUACGUCACACCCCGAGGCAGCCCAGAAUAUGGGGAUCAUGGCAUAUUUCAUCCGCCAUGUCGCCAUUCGCAAGCGAGUCCUGUGGUAUAUCAAACACCUGGAUCUUGCUAUGCUUCCGUGGUUGCCAGACUCGGAAUUUGCCAUAUUGACUGCAGACUGUCGGGCGUGGUAUGAAUCUCUACCUGCCAGCUUGCAGUUUACUCCGGAUAUUAUUUACAUGCAUAAAGCGACUUCGCGACUUGGUGCUCUUUGUGUGUUACACUGUUCUCAUUUCGAGACCAUGUGCGACUUGUAUCGUCUGAGUGCGCCAGCAUUAUACAAACUACGAGCAGCGUUUGAGUUUCCUCCGGAACAGCAUGAUUUCCUCUGUCAUUUAAAAAGGAUCUUGUUUGACUCUGCGAAGAACCUCGCAAGAAUAAUUGCCGUGACAGCAAAUCACGGAGAGUCGAUGCUAGCAGAUUCAAGACUUCCUAUCAUUACGUAUGAUAGUUGUCGUAUUAUGGUGUAUCAUUGCACACAAAUCAUUGAUCCAAUGGCAGAGGAGAGUAAAGCUUUGCUUCGGGAAACACUGGGUCAUCUGAAGACCAAUAUCUCUGCCUUAAAGAAAAUGCGGUCUUUGAAUGCAAUUGCAGAAUCACUGUGUUCUGUUGCGGAAACCAUGUUAAGACGUUCCGGCAUUGAGUCUGAGGUUGUACGCCAAAACAAUAUCAUUCCUGACGAUCCAUACUCGUCACCAGACGAAGAUGGACAAAGCCCAGGCAUCGCUCCUCCUGGAACACCACCACAGAGGACUCCUGACUCCGUGUUGAAUCCUCUUUCAAUAUACCGUCUGGCGAGAAAAUCCGUUCCUGAACGACAUGCACCAGAGACAACUUCAUCUAGUGUCAACUGUACAGAGCAGCAGGUAGUGCAGGACGCCGGUAAUAUCAACCAGGCUUAUCUUAACGAUUUGCAGACGCUGCUCAUGUCAGAUCUUAGCUGGGAAUGGCAGCCCGCUGAUACAGCUGUCGGAUCUGAAAUCGAUGCAGCCUGUCUCUUACCCUGGACGGGAGUUCCAAAUAGCAAUACAGACUCGUGGUUGCCAACCUUUCCAUUUGGAUAG